AGAGAGAGAGAGAGCGCUCAUUCGGGCUGCAGACCUCUUUCACUCUGGAUGUCUCCCUUCCCUGUGGUGUUACCUAUUUUGAAAGUCCCCGGGAGCAGGUACGGCCACACGUAGAAGAAGUUAGCCACGGCACCGGGGAUGAGUCAUCGCCAACAAAGAGUCUUUGAGCUGGCAGCGUGUCUUUCUGCCUGCAGGGAGGAAUGCAUUAGGCUUUCCCAGGCAAGCGGCAGCCUGCAGUGUGCUGUCGCUUAAGAGCCAGCCCACCUCGACUCUGCAUGUGUGUGUGUGCGUGUGUGUGUGCGCGCGUGCCCGCGCGUCUGUGUGCGUGCGCGCGCGCGCUCACUCACAAGCCUCCUCCCGGAGGACAGGCUCCUCUCUUCUCCGAACGGCAAGCUCGGAGAGUCGCCUCUCAGCAAAUCCCAGCUUUCGUCUCUCGGUCCCACACCACGCCCAGAUUUCAAACUCUGCCUCUUUCCCUACGAGAGAGCGGUGGAACACAGCAAGAGGCACAAACAAGCCAAUUCCUUCUCGUCCGCCCGCCCUCUCGCUCGCCCGCCUCUUCAGGUUCCGCUCGACUGAGACAGCUGCUAGGCGCGAGGGGCUGGGAAAGGCUGGCGGUCUCUGCGCGAGGCCGGGCGGGGACAGGUUUCCGUUCAGUCGUACCUGAGGAUGUUCCGCAAGAAGAAGAAGAGGAGGCCUGAGAUCUCGGCACCAAGGAACUUCGAACACCGGGUUCACACCUCCUUCGACGUCAAGCGGGGUUGCUUCGUGGGCCUUCCUCCGCAAUGGCAGAGCCUCAUCGAGACCCUGCGGAGGCCCAGGCCCGUGGUGGACCCCUCCAGGAUUACAGAUGUGGAGCUCAAGCCAAAGAAGACCAUCGUACGCGGGAGCUUCAUCGGACACGGGGACUACAUCUCGGCGGUGAUCUCGGACCUGAGCCGCCUCUCGGUGACGAGCUCCAACUCCCUGCGGAAGAGCAGCCCCUCAGCGCGGAAGCGAGCGCAGUCGCUGGGGCGCCUGGGGGAGGAGAAGGAGGGCGAAUCGUACCAGUACGAGGACCUGGCCAAGGAGGACGGCCAGGGGGGCGAGCAGUCCUGGCGGGACAGGACGCGCAAUGUUAGGAGCGAGUGCGGCAGCCCCCGCUCGAGCGCGAAGAAGGGCGGCGCCCUGCAGCCUAACGGGGCCCUGCCCCGGGCCAAGUCCUCCUACGAGGUGAGCGUCAGCUCCCUGGAUACAACCGCGCCCCUGCCUGGCAACGGGGCCGCGCCCAGCCCGCGGCCCUACGCGCAUGGCGAGGCGGGCAGCCCCACGGACAGGCUCGUGACGAGGAGAGACCGGGGCCCCAGGACUGUCCCGCCCAAUCAGAGGCCGGUCUCCUGUUUCUACACCCCGGGAGCGCAGCCCCACGGCGACAUGGGAAGCCUGACCCCAGAGCUUCGCGUGCACGACCGGCUCCUGAUCCAGAACAGCCCUGGCAGGCCCUACUCCUCCUACGACCUGAAGGCUGACUCUGUUCUAAGGCACCAGCCUGGCUUCCUACCCAACGGCACCAGUAGUCCACUUGUGAGUGGCGGCAAGACUCACAGAACAGUGCGGCCCUCCUCCAGCUACACCAUCGGACUGUCUCCCAACACCAGCAAGCGGCAGAACGGCCCUGACCCAUUUCUGAGCUCUAAACCCGGCCCUCCUGUGCAGGACAGCCCAUCCCAGCCUCGGCCCUCCCCCACGGGCUCCCUCGCCACCAGCCCCCCCGGCACCUGCUCCCCGUCCUUCAGGCCCCCGCAGCACCCCUCCCCCAGGCCCCCCCCGGACCCCCUUAAGGUGACCCACGAUCAGUUCAAAGCCGCUCUGCAGAUGGUGGUGGACAAGGGGGACCCGCGCAUGUACCUGGAGAACUUUGUGAAAAUCGGGGAGGGCUCGACGGGCGUGGUGUGCAUCGCGCGGGAGAAGCACAGCGGCCGGCAGGUAGCGGUGAAGAUGAUGGAUCUCCGGAAGCAACAGCGUCGAGAGCUCCUUUUUAAUGAGGUCGUCAUAAUGAGGGACUACCAGCACAAGAAUGUGGUGGAAAUGUAUAAGAGCGCUCUCGUGGAGGAAGAACUCUGGGUAAUAAUGGAGUACCUGCAGGGAGGAGCUCUAACCAACAUUGUGUCUGAAACCAGGUUGAACGAAGAGCAGAUAGCCACAGUGUGUGAGGCUGUGCUGCAGGCCCUGGCUUACCUCCACUCCCAGGGCGUCAUCCACAGGGACAUCAAAAGCGACUCCAUCUUGCUUACCCUGGAUGGAAGGAUCAAGCUGUCAGACUUUGGCUUCUGUGCUCAGAUCAGUAAAGACAUCCCCAAGAGGAAGUCAUUAGUGGGAACACCAUAUUGGAUGGCUCCUGAAGUGAUCUCCAAAACACCCUACAGCACCGAGGUGGACGUGUGGUCUCUGGGCAUCAUGGUGGUGGAGAUGGUGGACGGAGAGCCACCGUAUUUCAGCGAGGCCCCAGUGGCAGCCAUGAAGAGACUGAGAGAUGAGCCUGCACCCACAGCUCGGAACACACACAAGAUCUCUCCCAUGCUGAAGGACUUCCUGGACCGCAUGUUGACGCGAGACCCAAUAGAGCGAGCCAGUGCCACUGACCUGCUUGAGCACCCCUUCCUCCUUCAGAGUGGGUCCCCACAGUGUUUGGUGCCCCUGGUGGAGCAGUACCGCAAGCGCAUGUCCCGGUGCUGAUGCUGGAGGCUGUCCCUAUUUCAGUCUGCCUCUGGCAGGGCCCUGAAAUUGAACCCAGUGUGGGUCACCACAAGCGUCCCAGGGCUGACCUAGGCAGCACCAUGUCCACUCUGUCCCAUGACGCUUGAAGGGAGAGCUGUUUCUGAGACGUGACAGGACUGGAGAAAACUUAAGCACUUUAUCAACAUGUGCACACUUGUGGGCACAAUGCAACUACUGCAUGUUAACAACAGUAGUUCCUUACAUUAAAUCCAAAAAGUGUUGAAAUCAUGUGCCAUGUAUAUCUUGUCUCCACAUACUGGAUCCUUCAUUGCUCAAUAUGGACUAACCCUAGUAUGGAUACUAGUACAGAUAAAAGCUAAAGAUCUCAGAAUCCAUGUUACACAAAAGCGUGUUGGGUGCGCCGUCUAUGACUGAGGGCCCACACAGAACUUGGAUAGCAGGCGUUUGAGAAUGAGCUGGAAUUCAGAAGUAUUCCCGUGCAUGAUCGGUGGUGAUGUUUGAUACUUUCGUAUUCAUAAUCUGACUGAAUACUGGCCAGACUUGUGUCAACUCUCUGCAGUGGCACUUUAAACGCGGGCACUAUCAUGCCCAAAAUGGAGGCACAUCUGAGCCCAUGCUGAAUGCUUGUAAAGUUAUAGAACCCUAAUCAGUACGGUUAAUACAUCUAUGAAAUCAUCCACAUAAUGGCAAUUGGUUUACAUUUAAAAGAUGAGGGAUGUAAUGUUUUUAAUGAUUCAAUGGAAAUUAAAGGGUGAACAUUUAUUUUCAUAUUUAUUAUAUGUUAAGAUUUAUAAUUAAAUGAAUCCACCUGCUUUUCUGAAAGGUGUUUAUGAAAUGUGUGAUGUGAAAUUGUGAAAGAGUGAGCCUCAGCCUAAAGGAUUUACUAUGUACAGUCCACUUCUGCCAUAACUGAGAAACAAUUGAUGCACAUAUUGAAAAAUUACAAGUUGGAACUUGCAGUUACCUACUGUAUAUUGAAAAUAAAUGUCACAGACCUUUUCAGUUUGUUUCUGUAUUUAGGUAAUUUGUUACUGCUAAUUCCUAUCGUCCCACGCGAUGUACUGUGGCACCUAUUAUAGUCCCCUUUAAGAAUGAGUGUUCCUACUGAAAAUAUGUAUGACUGCAUUUUUUAUUUGCAAUUGUUUGCAUAGAUAAAGCACACAGGCUUAGCGUGUGAUGCUAAAGGACCUCCACCAGCUGAGUAUAAAAAUGUACAUUUUGUCUUUGUAUUCUUACAGGGUGACAAUAUUAUUGUGUUUGUACCUGUAGGUCUUUCAUGGAAGAGAAUUCAUAUUUUAAUUUUGUAGAACCAAUAAAUAAUAGCCUACACAUUGGGCCUUCUGCAACAACCACAAA